AUGCCGCUUCUAGAUCGUUUUUCGGUCGUUAAUGAUCUUUUUGCCUUGGUGCAAGCUGGUCGUGCUAAAGCUUCGUCAUUCCUUUCUGUCUUAGCAAACCUCCAAAAUGAAGAAGAGUACAUUGUCUGGCAAUGUCUAGCUGGUGGAAUUGAAGACAUCGCAAAUGUACUGAACUAUGUUGAUGGUCCCGUUGCCAAGAGAUUCAACUCGUUCGUAAUAUCAACAAUGGCUGGUUUGGGCAGAAGAAUUGGAUGGGAUUGCCACGAUGGAGAAGAUUCUCAGCGUGGCAUUCUUCGAGCGGUAGUGCAUGGUCGUUUGAUGAGAGCUGGUAACGAUGAAACCAUCGAGAAGGCUAUGAGCUUGUUCUCCGAUUACGUACAUUCGAAGCGACCUCUACAUCCUGACCUACGUCUUUGUAUCUUCACAAGUGCAGUGCGAAAUGGCGGAGAAUCAGCUUUUACUCAACUACAACAGAUUUAUGAGAGCGUAGGAUUCCCAGAAGUUGAAAGGAACUGUAUGACAGCACUAUCUCAAACGCAAGACCCUGCCCUUCUUCAACGACUGUUCAAAUAUGCUAUUCAAGAUGGUAAAUGUCGUCCUCAAGACCACAUGCUGCUGUUCUAUGGUGCGAGUGUGAGCAGAGUAGGACAGGAGUUCUUAUGGCAGUAUAUGAAGGAGAACAUGGGAUACUUAGCGGAGAAGUUUGGCGGAGUAGGAUCCUCUCUCUUCCAGGUCUGUCUCUCUGUCUCUAAGAUACAAAAAAUGGAAUUCUGA